AUGCGGAUAAGGUCUGUAAACCUUCUCUCAGUUGCAACAUCAUCCUCACCUGGUUCGUCGUCUUCUUUUAUCAACUUCCAGAACAGUGGAGGACCCACCACACCACAGGGUGGAUACCCCCCUGGACACCCCUUGUCUAAUGCUAAGCAUAUGUGCUCUAUAUGUGGGGACAGGGCUAGUGGGAAGCACUACGGAGUUUUCUCCUGUGAGGGAUGUAAGGGGUUCUUUAAGCGUACUGUUCGUAAAGAAUUAAGUUACGCAUGUCGCGAAGAGAAGAAUUGUACUGUAGAUAAGCGUCAGAGGAACAGAUGCCAGUAUUGCAGGUACAUGAAAUGUCUGAGUAUGGGGAUGAAAAGGGAGGCAGUGCAAGAAGAAAGAUCUCUUGGAAAAGGAGGAAAAGAUGAUAGCGGUGAUACAAUGGACGGUGUUAGCUACGGCAACGAGAUACCGAUAGAGAAUAUACUGGAAGCAGAGAAUCGUUGUGACAAACAUCAGGCAGAAAUACUCGCUUCGCUCUCGCUACAGGAUAUAGAUACAAGUAUGGAAGGAAAGUAUAAGCUGGCGGCUAAUAUACAACUACAAUCCCUGGUUGAGUGGGCCCGACAUAUUCCACAUUUUAACGGGCUUUCCAUUGACGAUCAGGUUGCCCUACUACGGAAUGGAUGGAAUGAAUUAAUGAUUAUUGGAUUUGCUCACAGAAGUGUCGGAAAUAGUGAAGGAAUUAUGUUGGCUGACGGUAUAUUUGCUACCCGAGAAACUGCCCACGAAGCUGGUGUCGGUAUGGUCUACGAUAGAGUGCUGGUAGAGUUGGUUGGAAAGAUGACGGAGAUGAAAAUGGAUCGAUCAGAGCUAGGCUGUCUCAGGACAAUUGUACUGUUUAACCCUGAUGCGAAAGGUCUGACUGAAAUAGGGAAGGUGGAACAGAUUAGAGAGAGAGCAUACGCUACACUAGAGGAAUACACAAGCUCUUCGAUCUAUCGGUCUUCGAUGUGACGAGCAUUUAUUCUUCUUCAAGAUGAUUUCGGACAAUCAAGGCGAGUUCGAUAUUCGUUCCUCGACCCUCGAAUUCACCCUCAAGGAAUUGUUGGAAAAUUCGUCGUAAAUUUUCAACAAUGGAAAAUGAGCAAUAUUAAAUACAUUAUUGUUGUUUUCAUCUAAUGAAUUAUGCACACUUUUAAUUAAACUGUGCCAUUACAAGUUGAUCAUGAAAUUAACCAACUAAAAAAAA